UGAUUUUCUGCUAGUGUGUCGGUGAGCGUGUCAGCGGUGUGACCCGUUUGUUUACAAAUUACUAAUAAUAAGAUAACGAUUUGAUUUGUUGGUGUUUUCCCGUGCAACAUACACCGAUUACGAAAUUUCCAUUAUUAUAACGUUCAUGGAACUAAAAUAGUGCUGUGGUGACCAUGUAUUCUUGCUACUUCUAGUCGGUAUUCACUAAAACUUCUAUGUAAAAUUCUGUUAAAGUUUAGUUAACAAAAUGGCCAACUAUUGGAUAUGUGCAGCUCUGUUUAGGUGCCUGAUGCCUGUAUUAAUGGGUUCAUGUAUCAUAUUCAGGCCAUCACUGCUCUCAGCCACAUACUUCCUGCUAUUAUGCUACACUCCGUUUGUACCGGUACCAACGGACCUCACCAUGAAAGGACACACCGGCAUAUUUCUCAAAAUCUUAAUCGCCGUCUCGACCCUAACCACUUUGGGACAGCUCAGUUUUCAAAUCACGCUGUUCGCUAUGCCGCCAUAUGCCCAUUUUUUGAAGGACUGUGAAUUUUUAGAGAAACUCCUACGGCACGUAGGUUUUGUAAGACUGAAUCACAUAUCGAUAAACGAUGCCUUUACGUGGAUCUCACCCGAACCCAUUAUGUUAGUAAUCUCGAUAGUUUUUUACGUUUUAUUUAAGAAGUUAACCAUCCCCGAGGAGACUUCCGAAGGAGACAAUCGUACUGAAAGUGAGAGAAAAAACGACGAAGUUAAAAAUAGGAAAAAGUACCUGUUAUUUAUCAUAGGUGUAGGUCGUUAUGGUGUUUUGAUAACGCUCUGCCUGGCAGCAGUACUGAGACCGUCAAUUAUAGGAGGUUUAUAUUUUUUGAUAUUUUUGUCGGUGGCCACCUGGUGGUCAUGCUAUAAACAAUUACGCAGGGGGUUCGCCAUCCUGAUGUAUUGCGUGGUACCGUUCGUAUUUUUGCACAUGAGCGCCCUUUAUGCUUAUCAGUUUCCCUGGUCCCAAGAACUUUUAGAUAGGAACAGCACAUGGGCCAGAUAUUUCGGUCUGACCCCCUUAAGAGUUUCAUAUUGUGACAUUACGAAUGAAACCGAUCCGCGCACUUUUAACUUUGAAAAAACCGAAUGGGCUUCGUACAUUAAUCCUUUCGCCCUCUAUUGGCUCUUCUAUAUACUAGUGCUGGAAUCAAAGGCUUUACUACAACCUGAAUCUCAGAAGAAGCAGGGCGCGUUUUCCCGCUUGGAGGGCAGUUUUCAAGGGAAACUCUCCCGGCAGCUCUCCGAUAAGGUUACGAAGAAACAACUAAUGCGUUCCGCGACUAUUACUAAACACAGGUGGCAAAGUGCAGGGAGAAAAGUGCGAUUGAUCAAAGGUGUCAGCCCUACAAGAAGAUAUGGAUCCAGUAAACGGAGCGCCAUCAUGCAAGAUUCCACUGGAAGCGUUACAGUGGACGGGGAACAUCCCGAGGAUAUUCCAAUGGAUGAAAUGGGUAACUUAGAAGAAAACUAUCAGCCAACACUUAUAGAGAAUUUGGUUUACUUCCUCGAGAAUCUUCUGCAAAUUAUCAUUAGAGUAUCGUAUUUGGGAACGAAUAUUAUUAUGAUGGCCUGGAGCAUAACCUACAUCAGUUGGCUAACGUUCGUUUUACUAAUAUGGGCCAACCUAAUAUGGCUCGUACCGAAUCAAAGGAAAUCGAUGCUCCGCUCCAGCCCUUUUCUAGUGUUCUACGCCUGGUUCCUCCUGUUAUCCGCAUACAUUUACUCCAUGAACCUAACGGAGGAAGAGCUUCCCUCGAAGAUACAGAAUAUCAAUUUGGCCCAGAUUGGAUUUUUAAAAGUGGCCGUUUUGCCUUGCAAUCCCUUGUUGGUCAAGUGUUUGUACACUUGUAUGUUUUGGGUUACGCUGAGGCAGUAUAUGCAAGAGAGGUUGCUCGAGAAACAGUCUAGUGCUCUCGCUGAUAUGGUGGCGCCUCUACAGUUGACAGUGGGAGCCGCUACGUCAGGUGCCAACAAUGAAUCGAAGAAAAAGGAAACGAAAAUCAUGGACGUUGUGGGGGGCUACCUGAAGAAAUUCCUCACCAAGUUUUGGAUAUGGGUGGUGGCGAUAACGCUCUUUGCCGUGGCGAUUACCGGCCAAAGAAUGACCGGGUUUCGGAUUUUCUAUAUGGCGUUGUUCUUGAUUUUUAUACUGUCCUUCCAGUUAUCCUUCACUAUCUGGCGUAAAAUGAUGUUUGGAUUUUGGCUGGUAGUCAUCAUAUUCUCCAUGUUAGUACUUGUACUAACAUACACUUACCAGUUUGACAACUUUCCUGAGUAUUGGACAGAGUACUUGCACGUCGAAAAAGAGCAACAAUUGGAUAUAGGUCUAGAGAAAUUCGAGACUAAACAGCUCUUUGUUCGACUGGUUACCCCGACGUUCUUUGUUAUAAUAACCGUUGUUCAAUUACACUACUUCCACAACGAUUUUAUGGUGCUCUCAGAUCCUAAAAAUACGAGCAUUAUAAACGAGGAGGAGGAAGCAGACGAUGACGACUUGAACCAGAGCUCACUGCAAGGCGGAGCGGUGAUUGAGAGAAGUGAAAAAGAUGAUCCUACGUCGUCAACGUACAGAUUUGAAUUAAGCGAUUUUGAAAAUAUAACAUUUAAAGCGGUCCUAGAAAGAUGGGUGACCAGGAUGCACAAAAUCCUAAACCUAACGUAUUUGUUCCUGGAAAUCCACAUGGGAAGAAUAGUGCUGUUCUUCGCCAUGCUUCUGUGCGUAUACGACAAAUGCGCCUUAUACUUCAUCCUAAUUUUUAUGAUCCCCUUGUCGUUUACCCUCGGGAGGGCCGUACAAUUAUUCACGAUUUAUUCAAGUUCGGUUCUGGUGUCGCUCUUUUUAUUGGCCCGGAUGUUGUAUCAGAUCAAGUAUAUCACUCCGGGGAAAUGGUGGAAUGUUACUUGUAAAGCCGACCCAAACAAUACUUAUAUAUCGAAUAACAUGCCUUGGUUGGGGUUCGAAAAGUCCGAUGAAGUGGGCCGAUCCGUGCCCAGUCUGGUCAAGUGGAACAUAAUUUAUAUUUUAAUAGUGACCCUGUAUUCAGUGAUUUUGGUCAGGCAGUAUUAUUACAAGUUGGCCAGGGGGAAACCGACCACUAGGGCUUUCUUUAUGUUCCCGAGAAUUACCAGAGUGCAUGCCGACAGGAGCUUAAAGGACAUGCUGAAGUAUUUGGCGAAUUACGCUUAUUUCAAGUUUGGAGUCGAAAUAAGUUUUAUGGCUACAGUGGCCGUAAUAGCCAUAAGGAUGGACCUUUAUGCAGUAUUUUACGCCAUUUGGCUUGUAGCAUUAUACUCGUUAAAGAGAAGCACCCUCUCCAAAGUGUGGGUGUUCUACGUACUGUUUACGGCAAUCUUAUUGCCGAUUCAAUACUUUAUGGCAAUCGGGUUGCCACCUACACUUUGUAUAGAAUACCCGUGGAAUUCAAAUCCGAUGUACAUAAGGCUACAAGAGUGGGCAUUUCUAAUGAACGACAAGUACCAACCGAACGCCAAUAGAUUAAUAUGGGACUUUUUGCUGUUAUUUUUCAUCUCGAGGCAGUGGGUGGUGUUUAGAAUCGAAAGUCGAUAUUCUGGGCAAAAUUAUGCGGGAGGCAGUAACGAAAGCAUCAUCCAUUUGGCCGAAGAUAAGACGUUCGAGAAUCCCGUGCCUGAUUUUAUCACUUACUGCCGAUCUUAUUUGGAUAUUGCGAAACGGUGUCUCUUAUGUAGUUUAUUCUACAUAACCCUGGCAGUAGUGUUUUUGGCCGGAACGAAUAGAACGAACCUAUUUUCCGUCGGUUACCUUAUCGGAACGUUUUUGUUCCUAUGGGAGGGAUCGGACAUGUAUUUGAGACCAAUCAAGGAAAUUAUAAAGAAAUGGAACUGGCUACUAGGAUACAACGUAACGGUAAUCCUCAUAAAAGCAUUUUUCCAACUGUUGGGUUGCGUAUUCAUACAUGAAUAUACCGGUGAAUGUCAUUGGCUGAUGCUGUUCGGUAUAGGUUGCGUCAGAAAGUUCGGCAACAUCGAGGAAAUCGCCGAGUUGCCCAGUACUAGCCAGUGCAAAGUGCCCAGAGAGUAUUUGGGAUUGUUUUGGGACGGUUUGUGUUUCGGUUUAUUGAUUAUGCAAAAGAGACUGUUCCAAAGCUAUAACUUUUUCCACAUGAUCAACGAUACCAAAGCCACGACUAUUUUAGCGUCCAGAGGCGCCGAAUUGAUUGAGGAAAUGAGAUCGAAACGUAUGGACGAACAAGUGGAGGAGGAACACCGAAUACUCGAGAAAAUAAAAGUGAAAAUGGAUCGAAUUAAGGCCAACCAGCAGAAGAUUCAAGAUUCAGUUUUAGAACGUAGGCCUAAGUACAGGAGAAAGCCACCUGAAACGUUCAAACAGGCUAUUCGUUCGGGUGAUUACUAUAUGUUUGACGAACUGGACGAUGAUGAGCUGGAUUUACUGCCCGAGGAAACUGUAGAUGAAGACGAGCGAUCGGAUCAGCCAACUAUGGGAGAAUUUUUGAAUGCCGCAAUAAAAACGGACGUGGUGUCCGUUUUAAGGGAGCGCAAAAAGAGCAUGAAACGUAGAUCGAGCGUGCCGUUGGCUCGCAAAAAGUCGGCGCGAUCGACCAUGUCUGCCCCGCUCUCCGCACCCCCCACAAUUGAAGAACCGACUUCGAAAAGCGUUACUAUUAAAGAAGAUCCCCAACCUAGCACCAGUAAAGACGAAGAUAUUAGCGAACUAACGGAACCCAAAGAAUAUACUUUAUUCCAAAAAUCUGUGCACUGGAUCGUAUUCAUUUGGGCGUUCAUCGAAAGCGGAAUGAUCAGUUUUACCCGCUUCCUCAACAAAUAUUCGCGAGACUACCGUUACGUGCUUAGAACCUUAGGAAAGGAACGUAAAAUGUUAAAGGAAAGCACCCAAUACGACGUCGGCGUCAGAUUAGGGUCCAACCAGCUUUGGCACCCAGCCGGAUCUUUCCACGACCUCAUGCGACAAACGAUGCGCAAGGCGAGCGUGCUGACCGUUCCAGAAAUCCGAAUUCUGGCGCCUAGCUUGGAAAGAGGACUAGACUCACCAUGCUCCUCAAGAAAAACCUCGUCUUCCGAAAAAGGAGAAGUGGAAGAAAUGUCCUCGGACGACCAACCUCCGAUCGUAAGAUUACUGCUGGCCAUUUGGUAUGUCGUAAUGAGUCGCUCCGAAUGGCUCUGCUAUUUCGCCGUAUUUCUGAACCAAGCUAAAACCGCCACGUUCUUAUCGUUGACGUUGCCGUUAAUGGUGUUCUUCUGGGGUUCCUUGACCAUUCCUAGGCCUUCGAAGACUUUUUGGGUCACCAUUAUUGCUUACACGGAGUUGGUGGUGCUAAUAAAAUGCUUGUUUCAAAUGGAUAUCAUCCCAUGGAACGAGGAUAUUUACGGGUCCAAUCCGUUCUUCCCUCCGAACAUUAUUGGCAUUCAAAGGCAGAAAAAUUACGCUAGUUGGGAUCUUGUGCUGCUAUUAGCAGUCUUCUUUCACAGAAUGAUGUUGAAAUCUAUGGGAAUAUGGAAGUCAACUAGCGAACCGUCAGCCCAGAUAGCGGUAAUGUCUGCCACGGAGAGCGAAUAUCGGCUGGUGGAUGGUCAGUUGGUGGAGGUGAACGGUAGCAGCAUAAUAGCUGGACCGAUGAGCACGAGUACAGCACAUAAUUCUACCAGUGAGUCCGGUGGUAAAUCUUCUAGUAAAGUAAAAAGUGAGUCACAGGAACACGGUCAAGGCGAUGGUCCUAAUUCGCCUCCGGGUGUAGAUUCUGAUCAAGAGGAACAGGAAUUAUCUGUUCAGAGUGUGGAGGUGAACCAUUGUGAUCAUAUUCCAGAAUCACUAAAAUUAGGGGUGGCCAAAUAUGCUGAAUCUGUCCGUCUGUUCUUCUUACAACUAUCGGAUCCGACAGCUCGAGUGGCUGCCGAUGUGUACACCUUUAUGUUCUUAUGUGAUUUCAUCAACUUUUUCGUCUUACUUGUUGGAUAUUCGUCAUUUGGAUCGCAAACCAGCGAUGGCGGAUUCAAGGCCUACCUCCAGGAAAACCGUGUGCCACCCAUGUUCUUAUUCAUGUUAAUUUUACAGUUUACGCUCAUUAUUAUCGAUAGGGCGAUCUAUCUGAGAAGAAACAUACUGGGAAAGUUGAUUUUCCAGUUUAUCCAAAUAAUUUUGCUACAUAUUUGGCUUUUUAUUCUAUUUCCCGUUAUAACCGAGAAAGAGUUCAAAACCGUGAUUCCUCCGCAAGUCUACUAUAUGGUAAAGUGCAUUUAUUUCCUGUUAUCUGCAUACCAGAUCCGUUGCGGGUAUCCUUCGAGAAUUCUCGGUAAUUGCUUAUGCAAAGGCUACAGUAUGGUGAAUCAGUUCCUAUUCAAAGGCUUUAUGUUGGUACCAUUCCUGUUUGAAUUGCGCUCAGUCAUGGACUGGAUGUGGACCGAGACAUCGAUGGGAGUCUUUGACUGGUUAAAAAUGGAGGAUAUUUUUUCGCACAUAUUUGUACUUAAGUGUCAAAGAAACAUGGAAGACGAGUACCCGCAACCAAGAGGAACGAAAAAAGGCUACCUAGUAAAAUACCUGAUGGGCGGUGGUCUUUUAGUGGGUAUAAUUGGCAUCAUUUGGUUCCCGUUGGUGUUCUUUUCAUUGGGAAAAGCGGUGGGCGAAAGUAAUCCGCCGUACGAUGUCACUUUAGAGCUGAGAAUCGGUCCUUAUGAUCCAGUGUAUCAAAUGUCUGCCCAAAGUAACGCGUUAUUCCAGUUUAACGAUAACGAUUAUCAAAACCUACUCAAUCAAUUUAAGGAUAAUAAACGGGCGGAGCAAAUAUUUUCGAACAACUACGAUCCGGGAGAUAUUGCCGCCGCUAAAUUCAGCUGGGAUUCCGCGAAGGUGUGGAGCAUAUCGCCUCCCGACAGGAAUAAAAUGAUCGAGGAAGUAAACUCGACAAAGCCAAUAAAAGUACGACUGGACUACAAAGUAUCCCAUAAAACGAGCAGCCCCUCAGAUUCCGGGAUUCUGUCAAACAACGUUGAAAUCGUCCUGCCGUCGAGCACACCGGAAAAACCGAACCCCGGACGGGACAAUUUACUGAAGAUGCUUCAGAACACCAAAGCCGAACCGAUUCUGCUAAAAAAUAUUAUGCCGAAGUUCUUGAAAGUGACCAACACCGGGACGUCUGAACCUUUUAAAGGGAUUUUAUCCAACGAAUUUGAAGAAUUCGAAUCGGACAAUCCGACGUUCCGAAAUUUAUCCUUAAUCCUUUUAAGGCCGAACAGCUCGAUUUACGACAAGGAGUGGUGGCAAGUGCGCGAGGAAUGCAACGACACCACUUUUAAGCAUUAUCUGCAAGAUCUGGCUUACGAAGAUUGCAAUUCCCUGGUUAUUUAUACUUUGAAUGACAAAAUUUUCCCGGAAACGUUGAACGUAAUUACCGGUGGAGGAAUAAUCGGAUUGUAUACGACCCUAGUCCUGGUCGCCUCACGUAUCCUUCGCGGUCUGUUCGCGGAACAAGUGGCCAAAAUUAUGUUCGAAGACCUGCCCAACGUCGACAGAGUCCUGCAACUCUGCCUGGACGUGUAUCUCGUGCGAGAAGCGAAAGAAUUCGCCCUGGAAGAAGAUUUGUUCGCCAAAUUGAUAUUCUUGUUCAGAUCGCCUGAGACCAUGAUAAAGUGGACGAGGCCUAAAGAGGAACUGGACGACGACGAAGACCCGGAAGCUAAUUGAGGAGGAUAAUUAAAAAAAGGUGACCUCACCCCCGAAUUUACUGUAUGAUUUGAAACGGUUUUUAUGGAAUUCUAUCGAUGUUAGUUAAGUUUAAAACUUUAAACAUUUGUUGGCCCUUGGUGGGUUUUAAAAUAUUUUAAUUGCGGGAAAUGUGUUUCAUUGUAACGGUAUUUGUACAUUAUAACAUUUUCGAAACCACUUAAACUUAUUCAUAAGGUGCCACUGUAAUAUUAACUUUUUUCAGUUUUUUUUUUAAAUUAAAUUUGAUAUUUUAUACAGGAUUGAAAGACUAAUGCAAUUGGCCUGUUCACAAAAACACAAAAUGAGGUGUUUCUGAUUCUUUCAGGCAUUAAACAAAAUUUUUACAUCACAUUAGGUAAGCGAUUUGCAUUUAUUGAGCUACUGUUUAUAUUCGUUAGGUCACUAUGUUGGGCUUUUCUUCAAGGAAAUUGUCUAGUCUGUUUUUGUCCCUCUGGUGGUGAGAAAGUAUCUUGUUUCGCAGGAUUUCACAUUCAUGUUUGGAGUAUUUUGAAAUGCCCUCUAGUUCUGUCUGUGCUUGUUAAGUUAAAUAUCUUUUUGGAGUGUCAUCAUAGUUGCAUAGACGUUGAUUUUGUAACUUUGUUCUCUUUGUCUUCUUUGUUUCAGCGCUCUGGUCGCUCUUCUUUGGACUUUUUCAAAGAGCUCUAUGCCUUUGACCAAGUAAGGAUUCCAGAUUGUAUUGUAGUACUUAAAUUUUGGUUUGAUAAAUGUUAUAUACAUUUUUCUUAAUCCUUUUUUCACCAUUUGAACUAUAUGUUUCCCAUUUUAGUUAAACGGUUUUCUGACAUAUCAAUCAACAAAUCUCUUUGCUCGUUUACAGCUGAUAUGUCUGUAUUGUUAUCGUUCGUUGUAACCUAUUGUUCAUGUUAUAAAUAAUUUGUGACUUACUUUUUUCUAUAUUUGCCGAAUAGUGCAUUUGUCGGUUGAGUUUCAUAAGCCAGUCUCGCGUCCAAGGUUCUACAAUUCGUAUGUCAGUUAAAAAUCUAUCACUGGAUUGCAGUAAAUCUUCUUGUCAACUGCAAAGUAUUAGUUUUCUAGUUUUUAUCUAUAUUGGAAAGUUUUGUAGUGUUUCAGUAGUGUAUACUGCUUGAAAUUGGUUUUCCAGGACUUGAACUAACAUACUUAGAUCUGUGAUGAGAUUCCCAGUGUUUGGAUCUUUUAGAUGAAUAUCAGACAAGUGACUUGAUAAAGUUCUGUUGAUGUAUUUAUACAAUUUUUUCUCCGCUUUAUUCAGCGAGCCUUCUUCAUACCGACUGCGUGUUUUUAGCUUUUUUGUCUGUAAAUCUGCCUUAGAUUUUGUUGCUUUGUAUUUGUCCGAAAGAUGUUUUCUUUGGUUAACCUCUUUAAAAAUAUUAUCGUUUACUCAUGGUUUUUUAUAGAAGAGAGUGAUGAGAAGUGUGAUGUAAUAUGACGGUUGAUAGUCUCAUAGUUUGGUUUUUACUAUUUUUCCAGAGUGUAUUUUUGCAAUUUCAUCUUUUAUAUACAUCAAAGAAUUCCUCUGCUGCUUGGCAUGCUGUUGUUAUACUGUGUGGUUUAGGAUUCAAGGAUUAAGUGGACUGUCUAGGAUUUUACAAUUAACUGCCUGGAAAAAAUUUUAAGUUUUUUCCAGACAGUUAAUAAUCCCCUCUGAAAAUUACAAUCAUUUUAAUUUUGUAGCGAUACACUUUGUCAAUUGCAUUAGUUUUUUGCUAAGAAUAAGCUACUUUCUAUACUUUUAGUCAAAUAUUUUCUACUUGCGUUGUUCAUAUAUAAGUCUAUGUCUCAAACUUAUUUGUUAAUUUUUAUAUACGUUCUUGUUAUUUUUUUACAUGUUUUAUACGUACUAUUCGUUUUUAUAGUAAAGACCUAGUCAUCCUGUUUUAUUACUUUUAUAUUAGUAAGUUAAGCAAAUUGAAACUUUGAAAACUAAAGUUAGGAAAAAACAAAAUAUAAUAUUGAAAUUGGAAAUAAUCAAUUGCUUUUUUAAUUUAUUUUGCGAAACAUCUCUUUGUUUGUCCGCAGUUACCUUUGUUAAACUAAUGCACAUUUUUUUAUUGUAAAUAAAUUUAUUAAUCACAUAAGUA